ACAAAGCUGCAAUUUCGACAGAUUACUAAUCAAAGUUUUCAAAACCUGUCAAAAUUCUAGCUUCAUACAGCAUUCUGUUAGCAAGAUAUGUGUUUGAGAAGCUUCAGAAUGUGACUCCGGAUAAUCCAGUCUGACCUGUAUCCCGCCAGCAGUCGGUAUAUAAUAUAUAUCCACUGACAGCAUUGUCGUCCCCUAAGACUUCAGAACUCUUCCGGGAAUUUCACCAGAUAACAGACAAUUCCUCCAGUGAUUUUUUUUUCGGAAAUUUGGAAAUUCCUCUAGUGAUUCCUUCUGGAUUCUUCAGAGAUCCUCUUUCGCAUGGAGAUUCAUUCACCCUAAACAUAGAUACUCGGACAUCGCUGAAACAAGCUCUACUAUCUAUACCUAACGUAUCCCACACACGGAAACAAACACCCUAUCAGCCCUAAUUGUUUAUUUUUAGGUGCAAUGGAUAUCGUAUGUGCAUCAUGCGGUUCAAAAUUCAGCUUUGUUUCUAUUUAUCAGAGACACAUGCGAAUCCACAGAUUCAACAACACUUUUUCAUGUGGUCUUUAUGGGUGUAACAUAGUUUUUAAAAAAUAUACCAGCUUCAUAUCGCAUUUGGGACGAUCACACUCGCAAAAAUCAAGUACGAAUAAUUUUGAAUACAAAUGUACUGCUGAUAAAUGUUUAUUUUCGCACGAAAAUUUUGAAGUCAUGACUAAGCACUUAAAGGAUCAUUUAGCAGGAGGUGUUCCAGUCUAUUGCCCUUUGAAAUGCAGGGAAAAGUCAUUCGAAACAUCAAAUGCUUUGAAGAUUCACAACAUAUAUCACCACCGAAAUGUCCAGAAUAUUCGUGAUCCGGAGAACCAGAUUGAGAUGUCCUGCAUAGACAAUUCCACUGUAAUCGAACAACAGAAACAACCGGAAACCAAUUUCGAUGAGAAUCAACAUAUUUCAAACGCAGCAAAUUUAUUCGGAACCAUGUUUUUGAAGAUACUUUCUAAGCAUCACGCCUCAAGCAUUAUUGUACAGCAGAUUGUUGAUGCUAUAACCGAAUUGACAAAAUCUCAGCAAGAACUAAAUCAUCACAGAAUUUCAGAAAUUGCAAAGACAUUUCAACUGUCUGUAUUUGAAACUAAUGAAAUUUUGCAGGAUUUUGGAUCCGAAACUAUAAGUGCUCUGUUAUUUGAUCCUGCUCACGGAAUGUUUCGCUCGGAGCACAUGCGUCGAAAAUAUUUCAAGGAUAACUUCUGCUACGUGGAGCCUGUAGAAAUUGAAAUAUCGCCCAACAGCAAUCGUUUCAUUUAUUAUGUCCCUGUUUUACGAACAUUGGAGUCGUUGUUUAAUGGCGGAUAUGGAUUGGCUCCACCGUUUUUUACUACUCCUGAUGGAACUGCUGGAUUCAUGACUAAUUAUACAGAUGGUCUACGAUUUUCAACUAAUACAUUGUGUCAAAGCUCCUACAAUGUUCACAUAUUCUUAUAUCAAGAUGGUUUUGGUACCGUCAAUCCGUUGGGUGAUGCCAAGACGCGCCAUAAACUGGUAGGAGUGUACUUCACUAUUGGAAACAUGCACCCAGUACUACGCUCAAGAACUGAAAACAACUUCUUAGCACUGUUAUGCUUUGAAAAGGAUUUAAAACUAUACGGAGUUGACUCUAUAUUCAAGGUGCUAAUCAACGAUAUAAAGCUAUUGGAAACAGAAGGCCUAAAUAUAAACAUCGGCGAAACUGAGACUCUAAUACAUGGAACAAUAUUUGCAUUGCUGGGAGAUAAUCUAGGUAUUCUAAGAUUUUAUAAUGAACAUAGGUACAUAGCCUUUAAACAUAUUUCUUUACCAUUUCCCAGGUACUCACCAAAUGGUUGGAUUGGUGGAAAAUUUUUCAUCGCAUCAAUAUUUUUCACGGUACUGCUACACUACCUUACAAGACUUCCGACGCACGCCACUAAACACCUGUCAAAUGAGACAUCAAGAUUCUUAUGAACAAGACAUACGUGAUUGUAUAAAUACCGGAAAACCGGUGAAGGGCAUUAAAAGCCCCACUAUUUUUAAUGAGCUCUCACAUUUUCAACUAUUCGAAUAUGGAAUGCCGCCAUGUGUGGCACAUGACUUAUUUCUUGGGUGCUUCAACUAUGAUAUUAUGCUAAUACUUCGACGAUUUAUCAGAAAUAAGCUAAUUGGAGAAAAAUAUCUACAAAGUAGGCUGAAUUAUCUUUUAAAGAAAUUCCAGCUUAACUCUAAAAUCACCCUAAAUUUCAAAAAGAAAUGUGUCACAAGCAAAGCUGUAGACGUUUGGCAUAUGAUUCAAGUAAUACCCUUAUUGCUUAUCAAACACGAACAGUUACAAACUGAUCCUGCAUAUAAGCUCAUAAUGAUGCUGAAAAACAUAACUGAUAUUUUAACAGCUCCGCUGAUACCUAAAAGACAAGUUGGAAUGCUUCAGUUGGAAAUUCGUCACUACUUGGAAAUCAGAUCAUCACUUUUUGUAACUCCUCUGCGCCCAAAACACCACUACCUUACUCAUUAUCAUCAUCUCAUACUUCAGUAUGGCCCAUUUAUGCAAUUUAGUACAAUGAGUGGUGAACGUAAGCAUUCGUUCUUCAAAACGGCAUUGCGGCAUGCAGGGAAUUAUAAAAAUAUCUUGAAGCUGUGCAGCGAACGGCAUCAGUAUUGGCAAGCUUAUUUAAGUACAAACAAACAAAGAUUCAACGAAGAAAUUAUCUGUGAAGGGGACGUGCGUACCUGCAAAUAUUUAAACGAAGACGAAAAACACAUAAUGGAAUUCUACGGUUGCUAUGGAGAAGAUUUCAAAUAUACAAACUCAAUCGUCUACAUGGGUACUACUCUCAAAUCUGGAUACUGUUUAUUCGUGGAUCAUGAUGAAUACGAGGAUUCAUUCCAUUUUCUUUGGACACAUGGUAUCGUUUAUAAUGAAACUACAAGCGACAUCUUCGUUUAUGGAGAAAAUAUGACAGCAACUUAUUUUACGGAGUUGGGAGUUACUGUUGUUGAUGAAAAUUGCACCAGAGACACAAAUUGUGUGAAUAUAAAACUUUCCCGGAUAUUACUCCUCUUGUAAUGUAUACAUGUAAGGGAAAUACAUAUUUAUUCAAUAAGCAUGCACUGCCUAGAAAAUAAGAAUGGCAACUUCGACGUCUCGACUUAUACGUAUUUGCAACUCCGAUCGAAAGAAAUCCUUUGUUAAGUGCUGUCCCACAAUUCAGAAUGUAC